GGCAGGGGCAGCAGCUGUUUUGCUUAGAUCUUAGCAAGCCUCCAGUCUCACCAUGAGGGAGUGCAUUUCCAUCCACAUCGGGCAGGCUGGCGUGCAGAUGGGCAAUGCCUGCUGGGAGCUGUACUGCCUUGAGCACGGGAUCCAGGCGGAUGGGACGAUUCCUGGCCCCAAGCAGGUGAAACCUGUGGAGCUGAAUUCCGAACAAGUGGAUUCUUCUUUUGAGACCUUCUUCUGUGAGACAGCAUCUGGGAAGCACGUGCCCCGAGCAGUGUUCAUAGACUUGGAGCCCACUGUCAUCGAUGAGAUCAGGACUGGGCCCUACCAUGCGCUUUUCCACCCUGAGCAGCUCAUCAGUGGCAAGGAAGAUGCUGCCAACAACUAUGCCCGCGGCCACUACACCAUUGGAAAGGAGAUUAUAGACACUGUCCUCAGCAGAAUUCGUAAAAUGGCUGACCAGUGCAGUGGCCUCCAAGGGUUCCUGGUCUUCCACAGCUUCGGGGGAGGCACAGGCUCCGGGUUCACCUCCCUCCUCAUGGAGAGGCUCUCUGUGGAGUACAGCAAGAAGUCCAAGCUGGAGUUCUCUGUGUACCCAGCCCCACAGGUCUCCACAGCAGUGGUGGAGCCCUACAACUCCAUCCUCACCACCCACACCACCCUGGAGCACUCGGACUGCUCCGUGUCCUCCAUCACGGCCUCCCUGCGCUUCGAUGGGGCCCUGAAUGUCGACCUGACGGAGUUCCAGACCAACCUGGUGCCGUACCCCCGCAUCCACUUCCCACUGGCCACCUAUGCCCCUGUCAUCUCGGCCGAGAAGGCUUACCAUGAGCAGCUCUCGGUGGCCGAGAUCACCAAUGCCUGCUUUGAGCCGGCCAACCAGAUGGUGAAGUGUGACCCGCGGCACGGCAAGUACAUGGCAUGCUGCCUGCUGUACCGCGGGGACGUGGUGCCCAAGGAUGUCAAUGCCGCCAUUGCCACCAUCAAGACCAAGCGCAGCAUCCAGUUUGUGGACUGGUGCCCCACUGGUUUCAAGGUGGGCAUCAACUACCAGCCGCCCACGGUGGUGCCCGGGGGGGACCUGGCCAAGGUGCAGCGUGCCGUGUGCAUGCUGAGCAACACCACGGCCAUUGCCGAGGCCUGGGCCCGCCUGGACCACAAGUUUGACCUGAUGUAUGCCAAGCGAGCCUUUGUGCACUGGUACGUGGGGGAAGGCAUGGAGGAGGGGGAGUUCUCCGAGGCCAGGGAGGACCUGGCUGCCCUGGAGAAGGAUUAUGAGGAGGUUGGAAGGGACUCAGCAGAUGGAGAAGAAGAUGAGGCUGAUGAGGAUGAGUAUUAACAAACUGCAGUCUGUUCUUAAUGAAGUCAAACCUCAGAUGAAAUACAAACCCGCUGUCAUCAGGCUAAACUGGUCCUGAGUGCCUGGAGGUGCUAAAGGAUUAUCCUGAACCUCAGUGCUACUGUUUGACGUAUUAUACCUUUUCUGCUUGCAUAGUCUCUGUGCUCAUAGCGCACUUCUGUAGCAUGGGCGUCUCAAGCUUUAUCACGCUGCUCUUUAUCGAUGAGUGAAGCUGAAUAGGUGCCUGGCUUAGUGCUGGGGGCGCAUCCUGCCUGGGCAGAGGAUCCUGGUUCCUAGUCCAGGGGAAUGUGGCAAGCUGCCUGCUUUGGCUGGAAUGGCAAACUCUUGCUCUGGCUUUUACUGUAAAAGCACCUUUUAAUUAGAAAUGUACCUGUACACUUCUAUGCAACCCUUUUGUAUUUGAAUAAAGACUUUUUUUU